AUGUCGUCCGACACCUACUUCACCCACAUACAUCGCGACCCCAUCCGCCACCCCACCUCCGCAGCGCACCACACCACCACUCGACAUGGCGAGGGUAGCGGCGGCCACCACCGCGCUCGAGCCGUAGGCCCACACAGUACCGGCGCAUCCUCGUUCCCGCCCCUCUACCUAGACCCGCAGGAUCCGCGCUACCAGGAUCUGCUCGACGGUGGCCUCGGCCUCGGCGGAUCCGGUGGCCUCGCGCUCGGAUCCACCUACCACCACCAUCCGCAGCUCACCCGCCUCGUAUCCCACUUCCUCUCCGACUCGGCCGCACACCCUUCCUCGGCCGCCUGGCUCGGUGCGGCGGCGGCAGGUGCGGGCCACGACGACGAUGCCGACGACUCGGCACCGCUCGCUGGUGCUGGCGGCUGGGACGGUGUGGCGUCCAUACCCCAGCCCCGCAUCGCAAACGAGUACAUUGCCCUCAACGAGGACCUCGUACCCGCCCCGCUCGACCUCGACGGCGACACGCUGCCCUCGGAACAGCACGCUUCCUACCCGUUCGGCAACCUCUUUGGCCCAGCAGACGGCACCCUGACGGCAGACAGCGCCGUCCUUGGCCACGGCUCCGGUGCGGGCCAACAGGCGCCGUCGUGGGCCAGCUCCGUCGGCCUCUCGGGCCUCGGCGCAAGCGGCGGUCCCGCUCGACUUGGCGGCCUCGACCUCAUCUCUGGCCUCGGCGUGAGCGGCAGCGGCAGGAGGGGAGCGGUGCCCAGCAGCUGGAACGACUCGAUCAACCGCGCUUCGAGGACCAAGCUCGUCGGUACCGGCGGCGCCGCGCUCGACUACGGCGCCGAGGCCCUGUCGUCGUCGUCGUCGUCGUCUGCGCACGCCGCACAUCCCGACGAAGAGCUGUUCGAGGGUCAGUCCGGCGGUGGUGGUGGCGGUGGCGGCGGGAGCGGUGGAUCGAGUCGACUCGCACCUCCGCCCCUCUACACGGGCCGAGGGAGCGCCCUGGCCACCGGCGCCGGGCCGCCGGGCCGUACGAAGCGCGCCGAUCUCAUCGCAUCCGCCCAGGCGCUCAACGUAUCACCGCUCCUGCUCUUCCGCACCUCGACCUCUACCGUCCUAGCGCCGCCCACAUGGCCCUUUCGGCGGUACGGGCCGGGACCGACGUCGUACGCGGCGCUGCUACGGCCCUCGUCCAACAUCCACGGCGACGGACCCGCCUCGGCCGCCACAGCCGCCUCGCUGGGCGGUCUGCCCGCCUCGGCCAAGAUCGUGCGCGAGGUAUGGACCGACCUGGCGCUCGAGGAGCUCGUGCCGCGCCACCUGGGCGUCACGGCCGCGACGCGGCACCUGUUUCCCGCGAGCCUCGUCGAUGAGGUGCCGCACGGUGACGGCGAGGGGGACGCGGACGAUGUUUCCGUCGCUGCUAUCGACGCUGGUGCGGGAGGUAGCGGUGGAAGGGAGAGGGAGAGGAAGAGGAAGAGGGUCGUGGAUACCGACGCGGGCUUUGCGAGGCGGAUCGGGACGAGCGAGACGGACCCGCUGGACCGGCUGGGCGGUAUCGCGCGCGAGCAGGGUCGGAAUUGGAGUCGCGUCCAGCACCACGACGACGACGACGACGACGCGGACGAGGGCGAGGGCGAGCAGAGCGUAUCGGACCACGAUGGAUCGGAUGCAGUCGACUACGAAUGA